AUAUUUGUGUUUCCUCUUCUGAUUUAUUUUAGAUGGAUUUUUAAAAAUAUUUCUUUUUAUAAUUAUUUAGUGUUGUGAUAUAUAUUGUUGUGAUUUGAACAUUUUAGUGAAUAAAUUGUGCUUUUUAAAAAAUUAGUAAUAUGCUCCGAUACGUUUUGGUUUUAGCAACAGUAAUCAUAGCAGUCUCAUGUCGACCAGAACCACCUAGUUCAUAUGCUGCACCACAAGGCCCUUCAGGUGGAUCUUAUCCAGCUCCUGCACCCCGACCACAAUAUGGACCACCUCAACAAGCACCUACCGUUCAUAAACACGUAUAUGUACAUGUGCCACCACCAGAUAAUGAAUAUCCAGCACCAAGAAGACCACUAGAAUAUCCACCAGCACAGAAACAUUACAAAAUCAUCUUCAUCAAGGCUCCAACUCCCCCAACUCCAACAGCACCAGUCAUUCCAGCCCAACCACAAGAUGAACAAAAGACACUUGUUUACGUAUUGGUUAAGAAACCAGAAGAAGCUCCAGAAAUUCAAUUACCUCAACCAGUUCCAACACAACCAAGUAAACCAGAAGUUUACUUCAUUCGAUACAAAACACAGAAAGAAGAAGGCGGAUAUCCAAAUAGUGUUGCACCAGCACCAUCAGGAGAUUAUGGAGCACCAGCAGGACCUGCACCAGCUGGUCCCCCAAGUAGUUCUUAUGGCGCCCCAUCGUUUUAAUUUUAAUUAUAACUAUUUUACUUCAUUCAGAUGGAUGAUCUCUCAUCUUCAACACAAAACAACGUACAUAUUAAUUUUAAUUAUAUGGUUUUUCUCCAAGAGUAAGGGAUAAAAGAUGACGUUGUGUUAUGGCACAAAUUAUUUCGAAUAUUCGAAAAUCAGCAUUGUUUGGUGACAUCAUCACGUG